AUGGAGGGCGUGCGUGGGCGUUCCGUCCCUCGAGGGCGAGGUGGGUGCUCCGACUGUGCUGCCCUCUACCCCAUCACGGACGAAGCUCUCCUCCACAACCUCCACGCGCGCUACAAGAGGGAUCAGAUCUACACUUACGCUGGCACGGGCCUUAUAUCGGUCAACCCUUAUAGGCGGCUGGCUCUCUACACGGCCGAGGUGAUUCACGCCUACCGAUCUGCGUGUGUCUUCCAACUACCACCUCAUAUCUAUGCCGUGGCCGACGCCGCCCACCGGGGCGUGUGGGAGCGGAAUAGCGACCAGAUCGUCGUGGUGACGGGGGAGAGCGGCUCGGGGAAAACCGAGGCGGCCAAACUGGUGCUCCAAUACCUGGCCGCCAUCACGCCCCGCGCUCCCAACCAGGCCAAUGAACGCCUCCUGCAGUCCAACCCCGUCCUCGAAGCCUUCGGUAACGCGCGGACGAGACGGAACGAUAAUUCAUCUCGAUUCAGUCACAGUGGGUUUCCUAUCAAACCUUGUGUUAUCUGCCUUCCCUUCAUUAUCACUCUCCUAUCAGACGCUUAUAUACUCAGCUGUACUACUCAGACUGCUGCUGACAAUAGAAAGCUGCAAGCAACCUCAAUAAUCUGUGUUAGGUUGCAGUAUGGCACAGCCUUCAGGGAGGAAACCUUACAAGAAAAGAGUAAUUGUGAGAGGGUUACCCUUUGUGACUCCCAGGAAAAUACGGAAAUUGAAUUCGAUCACAAGGGAGACCCGCUGGGUGGUACUAUAACGCACUUCCCGUGUGACCACGCAGGCGCCUGGGGAGAGAAAUUUCCAUAUAUUUUAUCAAAUUUUAGCUGGAGCCGACAUUCAGACGCUAAAAAUGUUAAAACUUCAAAGAAAUCUAGAUCACUACAGUAUUCUUAAAUCCACGAGACAUUCUCCGUCUGAAACGUUGGACGACAGAACAGAGUUCAAUAUCACCAAGCGUGCCCUUGAUGCUUUGGGAGUGUCCCUAGAGGAACAGCUGGACCUCCUGAAGAUCGUUGCCAGUGUCUUAAAAUUGGGGAAUCUGACCUUUACCUCAGUCAACAAUAUCGACGGGACGGAAGGAUGCUCAAAUGAAAACGAAUAUGAGCUUCAUGAAGUGUGCGAGCUGCUCUCUUGUGACGUCUCCACCUUGGCCGGUGCUCUCCAAACCCGGACGGUGGAGACCCGGGGGGAAACGGUCGUGGCCGAGCUCUCGGCCAUGGAGGCCACCAGGACGCGAGACGCCCUCUGCCGCGCCCUCUUCAACAGGCUCGUGACCUGGGUAGUCAGUAGGAUCAAUGAGGCCAUAAGGGUAAAAACCAUGGGUAGAAGAAGAGUUUUAGGAAUAUUAGACAUCUUCGGCUUUGAAAUCUUAGAGACGAACAGCUUUGAACAGCUGAUCAUUAAUUUUUGUAAUGAAAAACUUCACCAGGUUUUAACGGAAAUAACGCUGAAGGAGACCCAAGAGGACUACCUAAGAGAAGGCCUCGAUUGGACGCCCAUCGACAUACCCAUGAACAAUGCCGUUGUGGAUUUGUUGGAACAGCGUCAAACAGGAGUGUUGGCAGUGAUAGAGGAGGUGAGUUUAAGAGUUGGCGGAGGGAAAGACGCCCUUCUUCAGCAGCUCUCCUUCUCGUGCGGUGGCCACUCCCUCUUUGACAUCAAGGGCGGACGCCAUGCCCACUCCGACAACAACAUCCCGGCAGACUCCUUCAGAAUUCGUCACUACGCGGGAUCCGUGACGUAUAGCGUCCACGGAUUCAUCGAAAAGAACUGUGAUAGUCUUCAUCGUGACCUGACCAGAGCCAUGUAUCGUUGUAACCACAGUAUUAUUAAGGACCUUUUUCCUGAAGGUAAUCCCCGUCGUACCACUUUGAAACGUCCAGCGAGCGUGGGUACUCAGGUGCUUAUAUCCGUAUCUGCGUUAUUAAGAACGAUACGCUCCAAAACGCCACAUCUUAUUUCUUGUGUCAAACCUAACGAACUGAAACAGCCUAGAAUACUGGAAUCAGCUCUUGUUUUACAUCAAAUCAAAUACUUAGGGUUAGUAGAACAAGCACGGGUGCAGGCCGAGGGAUGGUCCUAUAGAGCAACUCAUGAUGCGUUCUUAAAUCGUUAUGGAAUGUUAUCACUACACACUUGGCCCGUCUGGAGAGGAGCGCCUCUGGAAGGCUGCGCCUUACUCUUGGCGGACCUUCCGCUGACGCCGCAGCAGUACACCUUUGGCAGAAAUAAAGUCUAUAUCAAGAGUCAGAGAGCAGUACACGAACUAGAAGAAUUCCGACGGGAGCGCUUGGAGGACUUGGCGGUUCUGGUGCAAAAGACAUACCGAGGAUGGAGACAGCAACAGAAGUAUAGACUGAUGAAGGCGGCACAGAUUACCUUGGCGACAGCCUGGAGGAGUUGGAAGGCCAAGAAAUAUACGUUGAAGAAGACAGACCCCGAAGCGGCCAAAGACGCCAGGCUUUCAGUCAAAGGCUGGAAGUUCUUUAUACUGGCCAGAGAGGAAUACAGAGAAUUGAAACACCGGCGGAAAGUGGAAUGGGCAUCGCUAAUAAUCCAGAGAGCUUAUAUAAAUUUUCAGAGAUGGAAAUUUCUGAUGAUCCUCCUGUCCGAUCAGCCGAGCGACUCCCCGGCUGACUGUUCGUGGCCCCCCUGCCCGCAUUCUCUUGCCGAACUUAGCCUUCUUCUGCGUCGCCUUCAUCACAAGUGGAGGUGUCAUCGGUAUCGCCUCCAGUUCGACCAAACAGCCAGAAACCGAAUGAGAGAGAAAGUCACAGCAUCAAUCAUAUUCAAGGACAGAAAAGCAUCAUACACCAAAAGUGUGUCUCAUCCAUUUCUGGGAGAUUACGUCAGGCUUCGCCAGAAUGCUCAGUGGAAGAAACUGGCAGCGGAGACCAAUGACCAGUACGUGGUCUUUGCCGAUAUGGUCAACAAAAUCACCAGAUCUGCAGGAAAGUUUGUUCCUAUAUUGUUAGCAGUAUCUACAAACUCCUUGCUUGUGCUAGAUCAGCGCACUCUGCAAGUCAAGUACCGAAUUCCAGCGCUUGAUAUCCAGCGCAUUUCUCUCUCUCCAUACCUAGAUGACAUAGCUGUUCUGCACAUUAAGCCUCCGACGCCUACUGCAGAUCUCUCAGGCUCUCAGAAUCUCAACCCAGGGUGCCUCUUUGGGUCAGAUGAGGUCAAGAGGAAGGGUGAUCUGGUACUGCAGACAGGUCAUGUCAUUGAAGUGGUCACCAAGCUGUUCUUGGUUGUGCAGAACGCCACCGGAAAGCCUCCUGAUGUCAAUAUCUCGACAGAGUUCGAUGCCAACUUUGGUCAGAACUCUGUACUGUUCACCUUCAAGACUGCCGGCUUGGCGGAAGUGGCACCAGGACAGAUCCGGAUCAUGCGAAGACAUAACAGGAUGGAGGUGAUGCUGUGAUGAAGUGUGGGUCGACACCGAAGUCCUCAAAUAACCAAUUCGAUUGUUGCCUUGCCUCCAGUUUUAAGGAUACAAUAACUAAUUAGAAGCAUUGUUAUAAGGUGGACUGACAAAUCGUGGGGAUUUUACGUGCAAAUAAAGUGCUCGGUCAGGGGUGCGUUUGGGUACUUCAUGCAAUCUGUUAUGGAUCAAAACAUAAAGACACUUCAGGUUGCUGCCAUGAAGGAAGAGUCAGCAAUAAAGGUUGUAUAUGUGUGUGUUUGUCGAUGCGUCCAGUUUUGUCUAGGAAGCAAUAAAGGGAAAAAUGAUUCACUUACUUCACUGAGUGAGAGACACAGCUGGAACUGUGAGCCACACUAAAAAUGAAAAUAAAACAAAAAAAACGGGUUUAUAUAUUCUUUGUACAGUAAACUGCAAGAAUUAAAAUAAACAUUUUUUACAUGGAAGCAUGACUUCAAGGUGUGUGUGCGUGUACAUUUGGAUGUGACGUUAGGACACGGGGGACGAAAUGACCAGGUCUUCUUCGAGCAAGCGGGGGAAUCUUGUUUGGUGCUUCGACAACAUUUUCUCCCCCUAAUAUUUAUUUUGCCAAGUUGGGGCUUUUCAAAAAGGGGAGAGUGUCCUUAGGUGGAUGAUGCCUCCUUUGUUAUCCUUAUGCUAAAAGUGAUCCAUGUUGGCGGAUGCUACCCUUGCACCAACCCUGCGUACAACAUCAGUCAGUCUAGUUGUGAUGUGAUUUCGAGUGCGAAGGUGUCUUUCGGCAUUCUUGCUCAUAUCAUACUAAAUAGCAUAAAGCUGCAACAGGAGAUAGGUGGAAUAUUAUUCGUCGUUUUUUAUAUAUAUUUCGUCAUACUUGCAUAUGGCUGCAACAGUUAAUAAGGGGAUUCUGUUGAAAUAUGACUCCUGCAAUGGGAGAUUAGUACCGAAUUCCUGUAAAAUCGUCCAGACUUGCUGUUCUUAAUCAGACUUGCAUACAGUUCCAGGAUUAAGUUCAUUCAUUAUACAAAAUCACUUUUUGCUUGCGAGUUUUUAUGCCACUAAAUUCCAGAUGUUUGUUCUUAUAGCGUCAAGUCAAAUACAUAUUAAUUUCAGUGCUGUUAAUUUGAUAUUAAAUAUUUUAAUAAUUGUAAUUGUUAUUAUGAUUUUUAUUAUCAUAGUUUUACGAGACCAGUAUGGUAGUGAUUAAAUUUAGGGCUUGGCUGCGAUAUUAGCUAUUGAAACCCGGGACAUUUAAUCCCGUCAGCUAAUUAUUUAUGAAAAACAAAGGUAAAUUACUUUAGGGAGCUGAACAUGAGGAAGAUCUUUUUAUACAAUAAUGUGAAUAUAUUAAAAGGAUAUCACGUAGAAAACCAGUAUGCUGUGGUAAUGAUGUAUAGUACUUAACAGCUCUUAUGCCGCAUAACCAUUUAUUAAGGCCCUGGUAGAAUAUUUUUUAGCUGUUAAAGUUGUUAUAACAAUAUUGGUACAAGAAAGCCAAAAUUCUAGGUUAUAGUUAGAUAUUUUUGUGUCGGCUAACAACAUUUGCCAUUAAUAUCUCUGAAAAUAUUUUGUUAGGUUUUGCCAUAAGAAAUAUAUUGUUCGUAACGACCAGUGCAACUGAAGUUUUACUAACAUUUUUAGUUGGAUGACAUUUAUAGUUCAAAUGUGUCGUUUAGAAUUCAAAAUUGUCAAUUCCAUUACUGAACAUUACAUUCUGCUGUAAGCCAUGGUAUUUUCGCGGCUCCAUCACUUAAGAAAAACUGGAUUUGUGCUGUGAAUAAAUCCACGGAAAGAUUUUGCAUUACAUUUCGUAUAUCUAUCUUGUCAUCUUUUAUUUGUAGGUACAGUUAGGUGUAUAGCUCAAAGUGCCGUAAUUAUUUUGCUAUUGUAUAUCUUCUAAAUGAACUUUUUCGUAUUUUAUUUCACAGUGAAUUCAUUCCCUGUUUUCCCCUGUGCAACACAAACACGCUAUCAAUAACUUGACGCUUAAUUUGAGAUGAUUGUGUUGCUAAAAUUUAAAGGGUUCUGUUUUGCCGUAAUUAAACCAAACUUCUUUCUAGUUGUUAAAGGAGUUUUUCACCGUAUUUUUCUGAGCCUGGCAAUAUCUACGACUGUGAUGGUUUAUCUUGAGCCAGAUUGUUAUAGAGAUAUUAAAUCUUCAACUGUAACAGCAAUCUUUCCAGCCUGAUUCGAUAUACUGUAUCUACAACUGUAAUAACCUUCCUCGCUGCUUGAUUGUCACUCCGACGAACUAAGAACUGUAAUGUGUCCGACGGACAAACAUUAUUACCAUAUCGUAGGCGAAGCAGGAUGACGUCAUAAGCGUUGAAACGAUGGAAGUAGAUCUGACAACAACCAGUGGUACCAGAUGAGGUUGUAUACCACUGUUUUUACUCUGCUCGCAAGGCAAAGACCGGCAGACAGUUGUUAAUUGGUGGUAACAAUGUUUUUCCACCGGACAUUGUUCCACCUUAAUCUCCAUCUCUAAAGCCGGAUCGCGAGACAGGUGUUACAACAACGUCAACAAAACUUUUAGCAGCCUGAUUGUUAGACUGGUGUUUAUAUCUACAAUUGUAACCGCCAUCCUUACAGUCUUAUCGUUAGAUUGAUGUUAUAGCUACACCUAUAGCAGCCAUCUUUGCAGACUGAUUGUUAGACUGAUAAAUCUGCAUCUGUAACUGUUAAAGCCUUUUGUUUAGCCCUUUUAUUUUUUUAGACAGAUGGUGCACCAAGAACUGUAAAAGCCAUCUUUGCAUCCUCAUUAAAGACACACAAUUGUAAAAGGUUGCUUUGAUGAUUUGGUGUCAUAUCUAUUUUCAUAACAGUCAUCUUUGCCAUUGUUCAUCUUUUCAUCCUGGUUUGGUGUGAUGUCUGCAACUGCAGGUCUCACAUAUUUGCAUCCUGCUUUCCUAUUAUCCACGACUGUCACAGCCAUUUUUGCAGCCUGGUUGUUAGACUAAGAUGGGCAAUCUCUGAACUGCGAUGAAAUUGCUUCUCCAGAGAUGCUGUACGCUGGGGUGGUGUACGUUUGUGGGGGCAGUCCACCAUCAUCAUUUUGAAGAAGGUCAUCAUUUUGAAGAAGGUCAGGGCCAAAAGGAGCUGUCGGCGAUAUCCCUGAUAGAUAAAACCCUCGGGGUCCCAUGAAAGUUCUCCUCGUAGGAGAUGGUUCGCUUUGGAACUUUUUUCUUUUAACUAGUGUUUGAUUUUCCUGUUAGAUAAAGAGAAAAAAUGGCAUGUAUAUUGUCUCCCUGUAUAGACCAGUAAAAAAAACAAAAUGGUAGAUUUUCGAAUAAAAGAAAUAUCAUUGACAAAUAA